GCACUCUAUUGUUUACGUAAAUCACAUUAUUAUAUCCUUACUCCUUAUUAUUUUUCACCUUUAACUUUUGGAGAUGAUUAAGGCCUUUUCAAACCCUAAUUUCUUUCCUUCUUCAAAUUAUCAUUUUACUUACUCCUUAUAGUAAAGCACUUUCUGAACUUAGGUACAACACUGAUGUCUUCGUCCUCAAUAUUGCAGCAACCUCCAAAAACGUUUAGUUUGCAACAUACCUUACCUCGUCUUCCAAUUCCAUCCCUUCAGCAAACCUGUUCCCUUUAUUUGAAGUCUGUUCUUCCUCUACAAACACUUCAACAACAUGCUGAAACUCAAUCCGUCGUCCAGGAUUUUCUUCAAAGUGAUUUAGCCAAGUCUUUGCAAGAAAGGUUGAUUGAUAUUGAUCGAUCUUCGCCUCAUAAUUGGUUAGAAGAUAACUUUUGGCUUAAAAAGGCUUACUUGGAGUGGCGAGAACCUCUUAUGAUAAACAGUAACUGGUACAUCUUAGGCCAAGAUGAUCAUUCUUCUUCAGCUCAAGCACAACUUCUCUUGGAGAAUGGAGGAAGACAUCCAAACGGUAAAUUUACAUGGUUUCAAGUUAAAAGGGCGGCGCAUCUGAUUCGCAGAGGGUUGGAAUACAAAGAAAUGAUAGAUAGACAAGAGUUACCAGUCGAUAGGUUGAGAGGGAAUAAACCGUUGUGCAUGUGGCAAUACAGUCGUAUAUUUUCUGUUACGCGUAUCCCUAUGUACCAUUGUGAUACUUUGGUUCAGCCAGAUAAAGUACAAGAUGUUCACCAUAUUAUUGUAAUAGUACGCGACCAAAUUUAUACGCUGAAUGUAUAUAAAGAAGAGAAUGGCAAUUGCGUUUUGCUAUCUGCAGAAGAAAUUGAAACUGCACUUCUACAACUGAUUGCUCAUAAUGAUCGACUUGAACAACCUUCGGCACCCAUUGGUUUAUUAUCAUCAUGGCACCGAGACAAGUGGACUGUCGCGCGUAACCAUUUACUCAGUAUAUCUCCUCAACAGCACCGCAACAAUUUAAAUAAAAUUGAGCAAGCUUUAUUCGCUGUUGCCUUGGAUGAUUAUUCUAACGGUGCAAACAGUGCACUUUGGACAAGAACUUUAUUCUGUGGACAUCAAGGACUGGGCAAUGGUCAUAACCGUUGGUUUGACAAGUCGUUCACUUUGGUCGUUGAAAGUAAUGGCAUGUGUGGAUUUUCAGGUGAGCAUUCACCUGUGGACGCACUCACGGUGAGUUACAUCUUCGAUCAUAUGUUGCAGGAGCCAUUGCCAUCUACGACAUUAGCAACACUUAAGACGAACGAUAUCUAUAUCACUAAAUUUCCAUCUCACUCACCGACGGAAACCAACAGUACAACAGUAUUUGAACAUUUGUCAUUCACAGCUGAUAGUAUAAUGCUUGGUUACUUGAAAGAGGCACAGAAAGAUGCUGAUAUCACCGCCUUCCUAUCAGACUCUGAUGUUCUUAUCUUCAAAGAUUACGGUACAGAUUGGAUCAAAAAAAUUGCGCGUAUUCCUCCUGACGCUUAUUACCAAAUGGCACUCCAACUCACUUAUUACCGGUUGCAUCACCGAUUUACCGCUACUUACGAAACAGCUGCUACACGUCAGUAUAUCCGUGGGCGCACCGAAACAAUUCGUACAUUAAGUGUCGACUCCAAAGUGUUUGUCGAGAGCUUUGAUAGUAUAAGUAGUACAAAGGAAAAAUAUGACUUGCUGGUCAAAGCUACGUCAAGUCAUCGUGAGUACACGCAAAUUGCUAGUAAUGGAUAUGGCUGUGAUCGACACUUAAUGGUACUGAGGCUAUUGAAUCAGGAUCACCAAAUGCUCAAUAAUGACAACAAAAUGGUGUCAGCGCCUUUGCACCCUAUCUUUACAGAUCCUAUAUUUGCCGAAUCACAAACGUGGAAAUUAAGUACUUCAGGCUUACACGCUGGUAUAAGGUUAAUGGGUACGGGCUUUGGUGCUGUGUGUCAGGAUGGAUAUGGUGUCAAUUAUAUGGCAGCCCCAAACUUAGUUAAAUUCGGUUGUGAAUCAAAAAGCGUACCUGAAACGGUCUCCACAACUGAAUUUAUGCAAUGCUUGGAGAAAGUAUUGAGAGAUAUGAAAGACAUCUGUAUGGUUGUUAACAGUGGUGAAUCGAGUAAUGAUAUCAACCAUCAACAAACGGCGUUAGGAGAUUUAUCAAGUAGUGCUAGAUUAUAAGCACAAAAGAGAACUUUAACAACCAAAACUUUUUUACAUUUAUGAAUCAUUCACAAUACAUCUUCCUACUUUGAUUAACAAUAUGAAAUAUAUAAACCAAAUCGAAUUCUUUGCUUUUCCAUGAAUAAAGGCAGCAUUUCUCAAGGAAUUUGUUGUUCUGUCGAACAGUGAUCUUACGACUAGCGCCGCUCAUUUGUACGCAUCGAGAUACU